UGCAUCAUCAUUCUUGCUGCGUUGCUCGGAAAUGGCUUCAUUCUGUGGCUCAUUUCUAAAGACAGACGUAGACGACGCUCAGCAACAAACAUCUUCAUUGCAAGUCAGUGUGUUACUGAUUUUGCAACAUCCCUACUCGUCAUUCCAUUUGGUGCCGCUUCACUCCUCCAAGGUGGCUGGAACCUUGGAAAAGGCUUUGCUAUAGCGAACUCCUUUUUAAAUAGAUUUUUAACCGCGCUAACACUACUAAACCAAGCAGCUAUAGGACUUGAUAGAUACUUUGCAGUUGUAAAACUCUCCCAUCAUCUUAUAAAGCAACGCACUGCUUUAUGCAUUGUCGUAGGUUGUUGGACAAUGGCUUUUAUGACGUCAUUUCCUUGGUUACCAAUGCUAAACGACAAAGUUGCGAUUGGAUAUUACCCUGGUUUCCUUAUAUGUGCUGCAAGGUUUUCACGUUCUUCAGGGCAUUUAUUGGAAAGUGAAAUUUACUUCACUUUGUUAGUGUUAUCAGCGAUUAUUGUUGUAUUUCCACUGACCAUAAUCACUUUCAGCAUUUACCAUAUCGUCCAAAAAAUUAAGCGCAACCGUUGCGGCUGUAUGCCAGUGAGUCUGCCCAAUAUUCAAAAGCUCCAAGUCGAUGCUUACGCUAAUUCAGCUUAUACGUCAUUUAUUGUGAUUCUUUCAUGUCUGAUUCAAGUUUUUCCGGCAUCAAUCAUGAUAGGAAUAGAGGCCAUGCAAUUGUCGCGGAUUCCAAACGAUGUCGCCACAGCUUUACAAAUCAUUAUGUGGAGCCAUUGUGCGUUAAAACCAAUAGUUUACGCCGUUCGAAAGAAGAUCCCAGCAUUUGGAAAAGAUCGGAAUCUAAUUCAAGUAAAACUAUCUCGCAAGAAUUUUCUAAGCUCUUCCAAAACACAAAGAAGAAAUGCGUAUAUUGUCAAUGCGUUCCAGGCCAAAGGCGAUAUCAAGGAGACGAAACCAUCUAGCSGAAAGUCCCUUACUUCAAAAAGCGAAAGAAGCGAUGUAUAUAUUUUCCAUGGCCAGGUCAACAGUAAUGACAAGAAGACGAGACAAGAUACAGCUAGAAACGACACUCGUAAAAACGAAUCACAUGUCUUGUACUCUUGUAGUAAAAUCGAGAAAGCCAUCGGAGGUGAACUUGAAUUUGACAAUAUAUUGACUAUAGUGGAAGUUUAGAAAAACAGCUUGAACAGCUAUUUCAGAAUAUAACGUACAUACAUAUUUUAUUUGGUGCUUUGCACCUGAUACUGUCGUCUGUGUACAUGUAUCUCCUCAAGCGUUGAAAUUCAACUCCAGAUAAAGGGGUCUAAAAUCAGGUGGAUUUAAAAAUGUAUCGGAGUGACUGCAUAUCAAAUACAAUGUACAUGAACAAUCUUUGAUGCAUGACAUGAAACGAUCACAUGGUACAAAAUCCGCCAUACUGGAGAAUGUAAACAAC